AUGGUUGCAGGCGAUCAAAACACGCUCGUUGCUGUGCGCACCAGACUCCUAAUGUCAAAAUCACCAGUUGCCAAGUCACUCCUCGAUCUGAUAGAGAACAAGGAGAUCGGUCCGCUCAAAUCAUUCUCUUCUGUCGUCAGAGAUUCUUAUGGGCCGACUGAGUUAUACUUUCCCAAGCUGAACCGAUCUAUGGCCAUUCUGACCACUGUUCCCUCCCAGGAAGACUUGCAUGACAUUAUUCGCCGGAAAUUCGAGAGUCACGACAAUAAACUUGGGUCAUCGUCUGCUUCACUCAGCGACCCAGGCGCUACAUCAUCGCAGUUUCUCAUAUCGGAAGGUGCACUAGCUAGCCUCAGACACUCCAGCGGAUAUCUGGCGACUGAUAUCGUACUGCCAAAUAUGAUCGUUGAAGAAAUCCAAGAGAAAUGUACACCAGAAAAGAGGGGACUUCGCCAUGCAAACGAACUUUUCACUGUACCCACAACAGUCAGCAUUCUCCCACAAGAUGCCACCCUUGGUCUCCAACACAACACCGAGGCCUUCACAUAUUCAACCCUCCUAUCGGGUUCCAUGGUAUGGAUGAUAUGGCCUCCAACAGAACACAAUCUUGCAACUCUACGCAAUGCUUACGAUGCAUUUGCUAAAACCCACGACCAAGAUAGUUUCAAGAUUCUUGAGAAAUUUGAGUACGGCGUCACUUUCGUUCAGAAAGCUGGCGACGGUCUGCGAAUCCCUCCAUUCACACCGAUGCUAGCAUUGACGAUGGAGCCUUGCGUUCUCGCUAAAUAUCAAGUCAUCACUAAGGACUCAUUUUUCGCCUGCCUUGAGAAGCUGCCGCUAUAUAUGAGCUACUGGGCCACUGAGCCACUUGGCGCGCAGAUGAAAGCAGAAUUUGGGCGAGGUAUCGUUUCUGCCAUUGCGGAGAUUCUGACAGGCGCCUUUGACCGCAUUGAUCUCAACACAAUGAGAAACCCUAUCAAAGAAAAAAGCAACAUUCUGACAUUGCUUCGUACAUGGGACAACGUGAAGAUGGGUCUUAUCGGUAUCAUGGAUCCUGAGACAAAGAAACGCCUGAAACACGUUUGGGUGACCUUCCUCACGAGGACGACAACACAGAGAUGUCUCAUCUGUGGAGGUGCGGUCAGGAGAGAUCGACCAGGUCACGAGGAAGGCCAUUUUUCGAGGUUUCACUUUGAGAAUGAAUGA